AUGUCAAAGAAAGCUGAACCAGCCGCCCCAAUUGAUAACUCAAUUGCUUUAGCCCGUGUUGGCAACCAUCUCCAAAUGGGUAUUGUUGGUCUCCCAAAUGUUGGUAAAAGUUCAUUAUUCAACAUUUUAACCAAAAUGUCAAUUCCAGCUGAAAAUUUCCCAUUUUGUACUAUUGAUCCAAAUUUAUCAAGAUGUGCCGUUCCAGAUGAACGUUAUGAUUGGUUAGUUGAACACUGGAAACCAGCUUCAAAAGUUCCAGCUUACCUUCAAAUUACUGAUAUUGCUGGUUUAGUUUCAGGUGCUUCUGAAGGUAAAGGUCUUGGUAAUGCUUUCUUAUCACAUAUCCAAGCUGUUGAUGGUAUUUUCCAUAUGAUUCGUGUUUUUGAAGAUUCAGAUAUUAUUCACGUUGAAGAUUCAGUUGAUCCAACUAGAGAUUUAGACAUUAUUUCACAAGAAUUACUUGCCAAAGAUAUUGAAUUUACUUCAAGAGCUUUGGACACAUUACAAAAAUCAUUAAAAAAUAAAACUGUCGAUAAAGCUAAACAAAUUGAACUCGAUUGUUUAACUAAAGUUUUAGCUUUAUUAAAAUCUGGUAAACAUGCCAGAUUUGGUGAAUACUCCAACGCCGAAAUCGAACACGUCAAAGACUUAAGAUUAUUAACCUCUAAACCAGCCAUGUACCUCGUCAACUUGAGCGAAGAAGAUUUCAUCCGUAAGAAAAACAAAUGGUUAGCCAAAAUCAAAGCCUGGAUUGACGCCCACGGUGGUGGUCCAAUCAUCCCAGUCUCUGUCGCCUUUGAACAACACCUCUUAGACUUAGCCACUGACGAAGAAAGAAAAGAAUACGAAAAAACCAAAGGUGCCACCAGCUCCAUCUCCAAAAUCAUCAAAAACGGUUACCAUCACUUACAACUCUACCACUUUUUCACCUGCGGUAAAGACGAAGUUCGUUGCUGGACCAUCCAAAAAGGAACCAAGGCUCCACAAGCUGCUGGUACCAUCCACACUGAUUUCGAAAAAGGUUUCAUCAUGGCUGAAACCAUGGCAUACAAUGACUUCUUUGAAUUAAAAUCAGAAUCCGAGUGUAAAGCCAAAGGAAAGUACAGAAAUGAGGGCAAAAACUAUGUCGUUCAAGAUGGUGAUAUUAUCUUCUUCAAAUUCGGUACAUUAGCUAAAAAGAAGUAA